CGCCUCUUAAGAUCGCGACAUAAGGGGAAUCUCGAUCCCUUUUCCGUGGAAAAGGAACACGAUGGCUUCUGACGCCGUUUCUUCCUUCCUUAUUUGUAACGUUUUCUUGCCAUCCACAUGCUUGCACAGUGUUAACGCCACUUGUCAAAACUUGCAUCUGGAAAGCUUUUUCCGUCUCAGAGACGUUGAGGCGCAUAGGCAAGAGAAAUAGUGAAAUUUCCCCACGGUUCUCUUCGAUUAAAGUUAUGAUUUUCGUGUUCACCGAUCCAAGUAUCAUGCCUUUUCUUCAAGGCACGGGAAGCACUGUGGUGGUUAGAUGUUGCUUGUGAGAUGGAAGAAGAAGAGCCGCUUCUUCUCAGGUGUCUGCUCCUCUCCCACCCCUCCGUGCCAAUCACAAGCUCCGAGAUCGAAGCCACGUACCCUGCAGCCGACGAUACUGAAAGCCGCGGCGGCUUUCUCUCAUCUUCAUCCUCGUCUCCGACACCGGCGCAUUUUCCAGGCCGGAAAUCCUUACUCCACCGCUCGAAGACCGCUCCGACCAUGGACAUCCUGCGAACCCUGCGAUCUGAAGUCAGCGAUGCCUACUCAAAGCAGCAACCGAAACUCGGUCCGUCCGUUUCCGUCCUCAAUUACGCCGCCGCUCUCCUCCUCCUCUACUUGUGUCUCGGCGUGCUUAUUUAUUCUACCAACUCCGACGGCUACUCUGGCAUCGAGACCCAUCCCUCCGUCGAUGCCCUUUAUUUCUGCAUCGUCACUCUCUGUACCAUUGGCUACGGCGACAUCACCCCCCUCACCCCGCUGACCAAAGCCAUCUCGUGCAUUUUUGUCCUCGUCGGCUUCGGCAUCCUCGAUGUGCUCCUUUCUGCUGCGGUUUCCUAUCUCCUGGAGCUCCAGGAGAGCCUCAUUUUAGCCGCUGGCGCUCGCGGGGUCGUUGCCUAUGCGUUCGACGCCGAGAAGGGGCGGAUGAGGAUUAGGAUGAAGGUGGGGAUCGCGAUCGGGGUGGUUGUUUUGUGUGUUGGGGCGGGGACCGUCGCGCUGCACUGGCUAGAGGAUUUGGAUUGGAUUGAUUCGUUUUAUUUGGCGGUGAUGUCGGUGACAACGGUAGGUUAUGGGGAUAGAGCGUUCGAAACUUUGAAAGGGAGAGUGUUUGCUUCCUUCUGGCUGCUGGUCUCGACGCUGGCUGUGGCGAGGGCCUUCUUGUAUUUGGUGGAGGCGAGAAUUGACCGGAGACACCGAAGAAUCGCAAAGUUGGUGCUUCAGAGAGACUUGACGGUGGAGGAUUUGAUUGCUGCUAAUAUCAAUCGUAAUGGAUUCAUCAGCAAGUCAGAGUUUGUAAUAUACAAAUUGAAGGAGAUGAGAAUGAUCGAAGAGAGAGAUAUAUUGCAGAUUUGCAAUCACUUUGCAAAGCUUGAUCGUAACGAUACAGGCAAAAUUAUACUCCCAGAUUUAUUUAACAGUUGAUGGCAACGUAAAAAUGUUUGUGCUUUGCAUUUUUAUUGCCCAACCCUACAGUGGAAAAUUACAAGGGUUCAUUUGGUACGGCUUUUUUACUAUUUUUUUUACAAAAAUUUGUAAAAAAGUUUGUGCUUUUCAUUUUUAUUGCCCCACCCUACAGUGGGAAUUUAUAAGGGUUCAUUUGGGACGAUUAUUUUACUAUAUUAGAAUUUUUAUAAUUU